UGUUCGACCAUUAUUUUUAUUGUUAUGUAUUUUUAGUUGUGAUUUCUUGAGUGGUGUUCUUAGUGGCGCUAGUGUGAAAUGUACAGCGCUAAUUAGCAAUCGCGCGAAAUUUAAAUUGAUCGAAUAUCGCUCAGGGAUUUUGUUAUUGUAUUAUAAUUUUGAUUAGGUCUUCUGAAAAAGUGAUCAAAAUAAUUUUAAAUUGAUUUAUACUUGUAUAUUCAAUUCUUUAGUUAUAAUUUAUGAAAUAAUUGAAACAUGUUUGGUUAUCCCAUAAAUUUUGCUUUUUAAUCGUGGUUGUAAUGAUAGUAAUAAUUGAUAUAUCAUGAACUUAAUACUAUGAAAGGACUUUUAUUUUUGGAUAUUUUGAUGAUAAGCCUUUCGGUUUUUCAUAUCACUCAUGGCACCCAUUAUAAACAAACAUAAAAAUUAAUAGCAUCAUAUAUUAAUGUAUUUUUGGAGUAAAAAUAUUUUUAGACGGUGUAUGUAAGACCAUCUGUACAUGUAUAGAUUCUUUGGUACAUGCUUUUGACAUCUAUGAUUGUAAUUGAUUCUAACCUCAACCCUGUGUUGUGUUGAAACACUUUUUGGUUGAAUUAUCAUUAUCAACUACAAUUAUUCAUGAUACGUUAUUAUAAUUAUAAUAAUCAUGUUCGGUUCUUUGAAAAGUAAGUUUCAAACAGUACAAGAUGGAAUUUCAACCAGUUUAAAAGGUUUGUCAAUAGGUGAAAGUUCAAAAGGGAAAAAAACAUCUAACACAUCAAGUAUUGAUAAAAUAAAUUAUAGUGCUGGAGCUGAUCUUUUACAUCAUUUUCAACUUCAGUGGAAUGAAUUACAUGAAUUAGCUGAAGAAAAUGCUACUAAAGCUCAUGAAGUUGAUAUUCUUGUUGGUAAUGUCUAUGAAAAACUUAAUCAACAAUGGAAUAACAUGACUAUAUUAAAUGGAACCUUAGCUACAAUUCCAAAAAUUAAUCACGACAUUCAAAAUCUUAUGGAUCAAAUAGGCUCUAUGGAAGAAGCUUUUGAAGAAGUGGAAGCAGCAUUAUUCAAACUAGAAGACUUGAAUGAAAUUCUCGAAUUACAAAAUAAGCAAUUAGAUCACAGAUUUCAAUUGGCUUUAUACAAAGAAAAAAAACUAUCAGAACUGGAUAAUGUCAGAGCGGCCUUAGCAAGUGAACAUUCGGAGAGAGUACUUCAACAAGAAUUGAAACAACAAAAAAUGUUAAAAGAAAGGCAAGAAACCUUUGAUGAAGUGUUCAGAAAAGAAAUUGAAAAUUAUAAAGCAACGGGAGUUGUUCCAAAAGUAUCAUCAUCUCGAGAAGGUCCAGCAUUAGAAGAAAUAGUUUUGGAAGAAGAUUCCGCAGAUUUUGAUGAAUUUUUGCAAAGUUAAAGUAAAUAUCAGUCCAUUUAUUAUCUAAUUCAUCAAACUAUAAAAUAAUAAAUAUUUGUGUUUGGAGGAAAUUGAAGAAUUUUAAUAAUAUA